AUGGACAGCAAAGCCUCGGGCCUUUUCCUGCCCCUUGGAAGACUGCAGUGGGUCUCAGGUGCCCAGCGCCUCCUGACCUCCUGCCUUUCCCGCCCGCAGGAUGAGUUCCACCCGUUCAUCGAGGCGCUGCUGCCUCACGUGCGCGCCUUCGCCUACACCUGGUUCAACCUGCAGGCGCGGAAGCGCAAGUACUUCAAGAAGCACGAGAAGCGGAUGUCCAAGGACGAGGAGCGCGCGGUGAAGGACGAGCUGCUGGGCGAGAAGGCCGAGGUGAAGCAGAAGUGGGCGUCGCGGCUGCUGGCCAAGCUGCGCAAGGACAUCCGGCCCGAGUGCCGCGAGGACUUCGUGCUGGCCAUCACCGGCAAGAAGGCGCCGGGCUGCGUGCUCUCCAACCCCGACCAGAAGGGCAAGAUGCGCCGCAUCGACUGCCUGCGCCAGGCCGACAAGGUGUGGCGGCUGGACCUGGUCAUGGUCAUCCUCUUCAAGGGCAUCCCCCUGGAGAGCACCGACGGCGAGCGCCUGGUCAAGGCGGCGCAGUGCGGCCACCCGGUGCUCUGCGUGCAGCCGCACCACAUCGGAGUGGCCGUCAAGGAGCUCGACCUCUACCUGGCCUACUUCGUGCGCGAGAGAGACGCGGAGCAGAGCGGCAGUCCCCGGGCCGGGAUAGGCUCUGACCAGGAGGACAGCAAGCCCAUCACGCUGGGUGAGUCUGGGGCAGUCCCUGGCAACCAUGACCUCACUCUGUCCCUGUGGAUCUGCCUGCUCUGGACAUUUUACACAAAUCCAGUCACUGCUUAUGUGGCCUUUUGUGUCUGGCUUCUCGCACUGAGCGUCAUGUUUUCAAGGUUCAUCCACAUGGGCAAAUUGCAGUCCUGGACAUUGCUCCCUCCCUCAUUCCCCUCCCUGUCACUCUCUGCAGCACCUGUGGUGACUGGAACGGGACCUAACUUCUCGCUGGGUGAGCUUCAGGGGCACCUGGCAUAUGACCUGAAUCCAGCCAGCACCGGCAUGAGAAGAACGCUACCCAGCACUUCCUCCAGUGGGAGCAAGCGGCACAAAUCCGGCUCGAUGGAGGAAGACGUAGACACCAGCCCCGGCGGCGAUUACUACACCUCGCCCAGCUCUCCCACGAGUAGCAGCCGAAACUGGACGGAGGACAUGGAAGGAGGCAUCUCAUCCCCGGUGAAGAAGACAGAGAUGGACAAGUCACCCUUCAACAGCCCGUCUCCCCAGGACUCACCGCGCCUCUCCAGCUUCACCCAGCACCACCGGCCUGUCAUAGCCGUGCACAGUGGGAUCGCCCGGAGCCCGCACCCGUCCUCGGCCCUGCACUUCCCCACCACCUCCAUCCUGCCCCAGGCGGCCUCCACCUACUUCCCUCACACAGCCAUACGCUACCCACCUCACCUCAACCCCCAGGACCCGCUCAAAGAUCUCGUCUCACUGGCCUGUGACCCUGCCAGCCAGCAACCUGGACCGUUAAAUGGAAGUGGUCAGCUCAAAAUGUCCAGUCACUGCCUUUCUGCUCAGAUGCUGGCACCCCUGCCCCCCGGGCUGCCGAGGCUGGCGCUUCCCCCUGCCACCAAACCCACCUCCGAGGGAGGAAGCACGUCACCGACCUCGCCCUCCUACUCUACGCCCGGCACGUCCCCUGCAAACCGUUCCUUUGUGGGAUUAGGACCAAGGGAUCCAGCGGGCAUUUAUCAGGCACAGGUAGGGGCCAAGGGGCCGGCUGGUGGCGGGAGGGUGGGCCAGGGCAGAGGGGCCAGCCUGGGUGUGCAGGAGAGGCCAGCCUGCUGGGUCCCAUGCCACCCCCCUCGCCGUACCAGGGCGCGGUGGCCAUUAAGUGUGGCAGGGGGACCAGGUUCCAAUACCCUUCCAGGGCUAUAGCCCCAGCCCCUGCCUGCAGCUUCCUGCCAGGAGACCCUCAUGGGCUCUUGCCCCCCUGGGCCCAUUUGUAUAGGUGGGGAGACAGGCCCACAGAGGUGAGGGGAUUUGCCCAGGAUCACGUCACCCCAAGCUUUCCACCCCCUGGUCUUCAUCCCUUCCGUGUCAUCUGUCAGAGGGACCAUGGGGGAGGUGGGCAGGAGG